GCGCCGCGCUCCGUAGUUCGGGUGCUGCAAGAUGGCGGCGUCCAUGUUGAGCAGGGUGUCUGUGACCCUGCGGACCCCUGGACUGUGCAGUGUAGUGUGGAGGGUGCAGCAUUACAGCAAUGGCCUGCCCGACAAAGAAAGAAGGAAAGGUAAGGCUUUUGGUGUUUGUGGGGACAAAAGCUCCCAGCAUGCCCCUUAUCUGCCUAAGGAGGGGACUGUAACUUCCAGCAUGCCCUCUACGUGUAUCAGAAGGGACUACAACUUCCACCAUGCUCGCUAUCAGUAUCAGGGGGACAACAACCCUCAGUAUGCCCUCUGUCUGCAUCAGGACUACAGCUCAAAGCGUGCCUCCUAUCUGUCUCAGGAGGGGCAGCAACUCAUCCACCUCCUUUUUCAGUGGGACUACAACUCCCAGCUUCAGUGGGACUACAACUCCCAGCAUUUUGAUUUCAACACUCUACUUCAGGUUUUUGCUCCACGUACAGAAAGGAUGCCUCCGGAUCAAGACUGGACAAGCGUAUAUCCGACAGCGGCCUCUUUUAAGCCAUCGGCUGUGCCCCUUCCUGUGCGGAUGGGCUAUCCUGUGAAGAUGCGGGCACCCCCGGACAAGUAUGGUAACCUGGAACUUGUAAAGAUUCCCAACUUCCUUCACCUAACCCCCCUGGCUAUAACGAAGCACUGUGCGGCUCUAAAAGAGUUCUGCACUGAGUGGCCGGCUGCACUUUCCGACGAUGACCAGUGCAAACAGCAUUUCCCUUUAGAACUCCAGUCUGUGGAUUUUGUGUUCGCUGGGCCAUCCAUCCGCAACCCCAAAGCCAGGGUAGUGACCCUGCAGAUAAAGCUUUCUAGUUUGAAUCUCGAUAAACAUGGCAGAAGAAAGCUGAUUAAACUUGUUGGGUCUCGGUACAAUGAAGAGAAUGAUACUUUGACAAUCCAGACAGACAGGUGUCCCUUAAGGAGGCAGAAUGAGGAUUAUGCCAUGUACCUGCUGACAGUCCUCUACCAUGAGUCCUCUAAAACUGAAGCGUGGGAGAACGAGAAGGAGGAGGGUGACAUGGAUGAGUACAUCUGGGAGGGCAGCAGGUCUGAAAAGAACGUCCUACAGGUGCUUUCCAAGUUUCACGAUGCAUCUACCUCCAGCGAGGAAAUCCUCCAGUCUCCCAGUGUGCAGGAAUACCGCAGCGCAAUGCUGAACCUGCGCAACGAAGGCGAGACGGAAGACAGUAUCAGCGCCUACAAGCAAAGCGUGAAGCAGAUGCUGGGCUUCGCAUAACCACCUCCCUGGAUCUCUAGACUGUGCAACUG